CGCUAAACUGGCCAGCUCGUCAUUUAUAAUUUUAAAAAAUGAAAAUGGUGAAGGACGAACCACCGAAAGAUGAACGUUUGGUAAAGUACAACGAAAGUCCCGCCGACAAUACUGUUCGUCUGGCUAAGAAGGGGUUUUUUGGAGGCAUACUGUUCUCCAUCCUUCCUCUUCACACUCAAGUUCAGACCAAUUCAUUCCUUGUGCUUACGGGGAAAUGUUUGGGAAAUUAUGCAAUACCUUUUGGUGUGUCAGCUGGUGUGUUUGGAGCAAUCACAUCCCUGCUUGAUGAGUAUCGAGGCAAGGACAAGCUGAUCACCAAUGCUGCUAUGGGAGGGUUUGUCGCUGGUGUCGUCUAUGGCAGCAGAACUUUCAAGCCCUGGAAGGCAUUUCAGGCAGGAUGUAGACUGGCUGCAGCAGCUGCUGUCAUCAGGUAUUUGGUGGUUGGUGAGAGGAUCAGAACAAGAACGGAAGGUGAAAGAUUGAUAUUCGAUACUGUCUACCAUAGUGAGAUGGAACACUUAAAACCAGGAGCUUGAGAACUUUCAAACAAAAUAAUUUUCUCAUUAAAUUAUAUAAUUUUAAUUUAUAAAAGUUUAGUAGUAAAUAAUAACAAUUUAUAACUCAAAAAUGUAUAAAACAUUUUGAAUUCCCA